AAAAUUAAAUAAAAUACAUUUGCAAAUAUUUCCGACAUUCUUAACUAAAGACAAACACUGGAAACAAUUAUCAGCCCGUUCUUGUGUCAGUUUAUUUUAGAGUCAUGUCUUUUCCAAUCAAAUUGGACAAGUCCUUGAUUGUCGAAUAUAGUGCCAGCUUUAUGUUUUACAUGGAGAAGCACAAGCUGAUGGAUAUCAUGAGUCGUCUGCUGGCAGAGUUAUCUGUGGAGUCCGUGGAGGAUGUUCGACAAUGGAUGGGCCAGAAUAUACGUCGGAUUGCAAUAGAUAUUUACUCCAAGGCAUUGAAUGCAUUUCAUCUUGGAAUUGCGGCGGAUUAUUUUCAGCUACCCAAGAAUUAUUUUCAUCGUAUUGUGAUGCAUGGCAGACCCGGAUCCGGACGUCGAACCUUGGCCCAUGUGCUGGCCGAGCGUUGGAAUCUUCUCAUCUUGGAUGCGGAUGCAUUGACCUAUCACCACAUCAAUGGCCAUCAGCAGGAUAAGCAUGCGCUGUUGCUGCAGAAGGGCAUUGAAAAGGAUUGUGUGAUCCAGCGAUCCGAGGCAAUUGGCAACAUUAUACAGCAGCGUCUGCUUAAGGAGGAUGCACUGCAACGUGGUUGGAUACUCUACAACUAUCCCAACAAUCGCUGUGAGGCACGUGAACUCUUCGAGGGCUUCACUGUGCCACCGAAUCGUUUGAUCUUCCUGCAGAUCGAUGAGCGCAUGGCAAGGAUGCGGCAUCUGAUGAGGAGCUACACUCCCAGUCCGCAGGAUAACAUCACCUAUCUGGAGCGACAGAUGCAACAGUUUCGCAAAAGUGAGCCCCUACUCAAUGCCUACCUCAGUCAUCGGCGCGAGGUGCUCUAUGUGGAUGCCUCCGCCUGCUUUGAGACCGUCAAGUGCCAGAUCAUGUCGCAGUUGACCAAGACGCCCUAUGUACUCGGGUUUAAGUACGGCGAGAGUGGAACACUCGACUAGCUGCGUCUUCUCCAAUUACAUUCUGCAUUCUUCAUUCCAAAUAAAUUAUUAAAUAUGCUCGCAACAAAGUUGCCUUUAAAGACUGUACAAGAAACCGUGUUCCAUAA